CUCUCCUUCUUUCGUUCUUCUUUCGUGGGUCGUUGUUUGCGCUGGAUCGAUGGCCUUUCCGUGUCCGAUCGCUUGCGAUUUGGUGGAAUCGGUGCGGGAUUGGGCUGCGGAUGGAUGGAACAAAAUGUCAAAUAGGGCCACACACUGGUGUUAUGCCUGCGGGCGGCCAAUUCGUCUCCGUGGACAGGAUAUAAUCUGCCCCAACUGCAAUGAUGGUUUUAUCCAGGAAAUCAGUGAGAUGGGUGGCAUGUUGAACACUUACGGCUUAAUUGAACCAGCUUUUGAAGAGCGUCCAGCUAGAAGAUUUGGAAUGAUGGAAGCCAUGUCUUCCCUUAUGCGACAACGAAUGGCAGAAAUGGGCAGAGAUCGUGUGUUUGAUAUCCAUGGUAGGCAAGGGACAGGUACUGAACAUGGAAGGCAGUCAACUGCUGGUUCUACACUUCUAUUUGGCAGCAACACGCCCGCUCCUGGAAGCGAGAGUAGUAAUGUUAACGUUGUCUUCAGGAGAGGCCGCAGAGCUGGCAUUGAUCGUCCAAAUUUCAGUGGUUUCCUUGUCCGUCCCAGUCUUGAAGCACUAUUUGAGCAGCUAUCCCUUCAGAAUAACCGUCAAGGCCCAGCUCCGGCCCCACAGCCAGCAAUCGACUCCAUGCCUGUGGUGAAGAUAAACCGCAGGCAUCUUAAUGAUGAUCCACAGUGUCCAGUUUGCAAAGAUAGGUUUGAGGUCGGAUCAGAGGCAAGGGAGAUGCCAUGCAAGCACUUGUACCAUACUGACUGCAUCAUCCCCUGGCUUGUUCAGCACAAUUCUUGCCCUGUUUGCCGCCAUUCGCUGCCAUCACAGCCAUCAAGCAAUAGCACCCGCGUACCUUCACCCUACUACAAUGAAGCCGCUGGUCCUGGGGUCACCGGAGCAGAUCUUGAGCCUGCCCCAAGAAACAAUGACGGUGGAAAUCAGGAAAGGCAUAGCUCUUUCUCGUUUCUCUGGCCAUUUGACCCGUCGAGUUUCAAUUCCAGUUUUUAUCAGUACGAAGGAAAUAUGGGUGAGCCAGUAUAUGACGAUCCAAGCCAGAUGACAUAUUCUGAGUGGCACUAUGGCACCUGAUUUAACCCGUGCUCCAAUCCCAAGCUAUCGCCACAUUUCUUGCCUGAACAUUCACCGGUUCCAUGUGGAUGUGUUACCUGUCGUGUUUGCUUACCGGGUGAAAAAACGGAUGCUUCUUGCCUAUAAUCCUGUGUUCGGUGUUUACCUUGUUUUGCAUGACUAGUGUGGAGCUGUGUAUAGCUGUGUAUAGAGUAGAGACCACUGGGCGCAAUGAACUCUGUUGUAAUGCCCGGAUGUUCCUGCUCGGUAUAUCAAGUCUAUGUUAUACAUAAGAUACUUGUUUGGCCGUUCAUAUGAACAGUUACCGAUCAGCUGAAUCCAACCAUAAAUUAUAUUACCUUGA